AUGGUUGAACGCCAUCGACGCCUCUACUUUCGUACACAUCCUGCCGCGACUGUCAAAUUUCGAUCGAAGAAGGCUCUUUCGGAGGGUUGCGAGGCAUGCCUCAAGGAGUCAGACGACAGAGAGACUAUGCUUUUCCGCAAAGUCCCCGACCCUCACGGAACAGCAGCUGAGCGCUGUCAACAUGAGAGCGAAGCGCUUAUGCCGCGCCCUCCUGCCUCCUGCAAGGACGGGUCAGACUUUACCUGUGAGCUCUGCUCCAUGUCCCUUCACAACGAAACCGGCACAAACCGGUCACUGUGGGUGAACCACAUCAACCGAGACCUGGAGCUGUACGUCUGCCUGGUGGACCAGUGUGACGAGCCAAAUUUUCUUUGCUGGACCAUGGCACAGUGGCUGCGCCACAUGAAGACGCAUUUCGACGAAUGGGUCUGCUGUUUCUGCCCACAGAAUCCGCGAAAAGUCCAUAGCGGCAAGCGCCUCGAGAAGCACUUCACAACUAGCCACCCUGACCGGGUAAGCACAAGGUCGCUACCGGAGGCCCUUCGACAUUGCUACAGAUCCAAGGAGGUCAGUAUCACCUUCAAAGAGUGUCCCUUCUGCGACGAGCUCCCAGCAGACAUGGCAAUGCACAUCCGUCGCCACCUGUGCUACCUAGCGAUCGUGUCGACCCCGGCACUUCACGAUGCCACGGCGCCCAAGCAAGACGGGGACCGCGACUCCGCGGCGUCGCGCAAAGGUUUUGCGGCAAAGUCGUCGCACGCUGAGCAGGAGCCUGUCGACGAAUCGUUGCCGAAUGACGGCUCCGGCGGUGACGUGCUGCGCGAUUGGUCGCCUUUCAAGAGCACCGUGGACUUGCGGCUGGAUGGGAAUGACGAGGGAACUCCUUUUGAGUGGCUGGAUAGCGGGAAGGGUCCUGGCCAGACCGAUCAAUGGGCAUUCAUGCGCAGGUCUCCGACGCAGCAUGAUGAGUGGCGGGAGUGCCUGGAGGAGCGGAAGGUGGAAAAGCACAGGAAGAGAUUCGCUUGCUGUCCUCGCAGGCUGGGCCGGCUCAACUGGGGUCGAAAAAACUCAUGA